AUGGAGGACGUGUCCACGUUGCCUGUGAACGUUGGGGCUGCGACGCAUGUGGCGACGCCAUUCCCUAUUGGCUGUAUGCCCAUCACCUCAGAUGAGCUGUCGUCUCUCCUCGUUUCCUCGCGAAGCAGCAAUGUGAACACGCAUCCGCCCCCAAGUACCGCAAGGGACAUUAAGAAGGCCAUGGAAAAGUUCCAGCCCUUUCACCCAGUACAUCUGAACACAUUCCUUCAGGGCUAUUUGUCGGGUCGCGCGCACGUGACUGAAGAGGCUCUUUCUAACAUUCGUCAACUCUCCCUCAGCGCCGACCGCCAAUGGCUUUAUCAGUGUCAGCUGCUCGCGUUGCAGCAGCUACUGUGCGAGUUGGAGUGGCGCUGCAGCGGUGUGGUGCCCGAGAUGAAACCUGGGGAUUCACUGCUACUGCCCCAACUGCGACAAGGCCUUGCGGAGUAUCAAGGCAAGGUGCCGCGCAUCACUGUCAGCAACUGCCACUUCCUGUUUGUGGGAGACGCGAAUGUGGGGAGCCAAGGGCAAGGUAAACGUGAGUUUUCCGCGGAGAUUUCGCUGAAAAACGACGGUGACUCAAACUGUUUUGUUAAGGUAAGUGAAGUGCACACGUUUAUUGAUGGUGAGUCGGUUCCAGGUGACUACCUUGGCUGCGCAUGUGUGAAGGAGCGAACUCUUUGUGGUGGUGAGGCCAUCACGUUUCACCUUGCCUUGAAACCAAUUCCAAGGCACUGUAUGUCGUUGUUUGAAGCAGUCGCUGUGCUUAGUAUCAACACGUAUGUGAAGGUGUUUGUAACGUUUACCGUCGUGUCGGAAAAACAAAGACCAUUUGGCACAGGCCUCCCUCAGUGCCUCCCCAUCAUCGUACAAUAUUCACCUGUCGGCGUUUACACAUGCCCCCUUGUCUUGCAGCUACUAAAGCAUCAGUUUAUUCGUCAACAAGGACUUACAAGCAAAACCGUAGCUCGCUUGUUGGUAGGGAAGUCUAGGAAUUUCACCACUUACAACCGUGAGGUCAUGCGGGAGGCGACGCGGGUGAAGGAAAUAUUGGAGGAAGAGCUAGACUUCGCCGAGGUGCUGGCAACAUAUCGUUCCUCGUUACCACAAAACAGUUGGGGAAACACAGAACUACCGCACUCCUGCGCACAGCCUGCAGGUUACCCUCCUGGUGGUGUCUUACCGACAGCUGUUGCCGCCGUUAGUCUUAUGUCCUGCUUCCCAAAUGCUGCGACGCGACUCCCCGCAGCUCUCACGAACGCCCAACCCGAUGUUUUGAUGGGUCUAAUAUUGAUAUGGCUAGCUGAAUUAGAAGCGACCACGUUUGAAGCCUCGUUGUUCACCUGUGACCCUAUGACCUAUCUGGGAAUGCUUCCUCCACAUUUGCGUGGUGUGAUCUUUUGGAUUGUUGAUCUCUGCGGGGGACUGCUUCUUCACCAGAGUAUGAAUGAGGUGUCGGUGCGGCACCUUGCACUGACAUUUGCUGCGGUGUUGAUGCGCAAAAAACGUAUGCCAGAUGAAGGCAGUGCUGAUAUUGUUUUUAUGGAAACAGUUCUUUAUCGACGUUUGGGGGAACCUUGGGCCGAUACCAUGCUUGCCAAUGUUGCGCUUCAUCAGGCCGCUGCCAACGCAUUUGUGCACUGGAUUACUGUUUACAGUGUCUCUUACAAGGAGUACUCUUCUCAUUGA